UCAAGCCUUCGGCGAUUCAACAAGUAGAUUUCAAAUUUUCUUGUAAUUUUAAUUUUUUAGUGGAACUAGAAAAAGUCAAUUCGGGAGUGUUUGUGACAAGAAAAAAAACCUGUUGAGCUUAAAUUAUUUUUCAAAUUUUAAAUAAUAAACCACGAUAGUGAAGCACCAUAAAAAUCGCUAAGAAGGCACGAGGAAACAUUUUAAUCCAUAAAAAAAUUGCACUCAUUAGAACAUUCAAGCUACAAGUGACUACGCGAAACAAUUAAAGGAAAAAUAAAGAAAGGAAGUUAAGGCAAAAUGUGUGGGAUUACGAUCAACAAUCAAGAAGGAAAUUAUAAAGUAGAAGACUUGAAGUUAAAAGAUGGACAAAGAGCGACACUUGUGAAGGAGCUUUUGAGGAAAUUAAUCCUCAACAAGGAUCAAAUUCAUCGAGUUGGUGAGGCAUUUAAAGAUGAGAUGCGUGCAGCAUUAGGCGAACAGAGAUCAUCACUACAAAUGGAAAAUACGUAUAUCCCAGAAUUACCAGACGGUACUGAGGAAGGAACAUUUUUGGCACUCGACUUGGGUGGAACAAAUUUUCGUGUUAUUCUUCUUGAACUCGCACGUGGACAAAUCCUUAAGGAAGAAUUUAAAUUUUAUCACAUUUCCGAUGAGGCACGUCUUGGUUGUGGCAUUGAAUUGUUUGACUACUUGGCUGAUUGUGUUAAGGACUUUAUGGGAUUAAAGGAAAUUCCAAUUGAUUCAAAAAUGCCAAUGGGAUUUACAUUUUCAUUUCCAAUGAAACAACACAGUCUUCAUUCUGCUGAGCUUGUUACAUGGACCAAAUCAUUUAAUUGUCCAUCAGUCGUCGGUCGUGAUGUUGUUGAGUUGUUGCAACAGUCAUUAAGGAAGCAUGGAAUGAAGAAUAUUGAGGUUCUUUGCAUUUUGAAUGAUACAACUGGAACGUUGGUUGAAGGCGCAAGACUGGAUAAAAAGACACGUAUCGGUAUGAUUUUAGGAACAGGAUCAAACGCUGCAUUUCUCGAACGUGCUGAGCGCGUUCAACAUUGGGAAGGUGAAAGACACAACGAGAAGCAUGUCAUCAUCGAUAUCGAAUGGGGUGCAUUUGGUGAUAAGGGUACAAUUGAUUUCAUUCGUACCGAAUACGAUAAAGAAGUUGACAAUGGAUCACUUUUGAAGAAUAGCUUUACAUUUGAAAAGUACAUCAGUGGAAAGUACUUGGGCGAGGUAUGUCGUGUUGUUCUACGAGAUUUAGUUGACAAGGGUUUGCUCUUUUCAAAAGCAUCAAAGGAAUUGUUUCCAGCACCAUGGAAAUUUGGCACUGACAAUGUGUCACACAUUGAAGAGGAUGCAUUAACUGGAUCGAAUACGAGCACUGUCAAGGUAUUUGAUAAAUUCAAUUAUAAAUUUAAUGAGGAUUACGAUGAGGAUGAUAUAAAAGUGAUUCAAUAUACGACUGCAUUGGUAUCGUAUCGUGCUGCAUUGCUCGUCUCGAUUUGCACAGCUGUCUUAUUGAAUCGUAUGACUGAAAAGGACAUAACAAUUGCUGUUGAUGGCAGUGUAUAUAAACAUCAUCCACGACUGAAGAGAUGGAUGAAGCAAUUAAUCAAGGAAUUGGCACCUGAGAAGGAAUUCCAUUUGAUGUUGGCAGAAGAUGGCAGUGGAAAGGGAGCUGGUCUCGUUUCAUCCAUUGCACAACGUAUCAGUGCAAGAAUUGACGAAACUCCCUUACCAACAGCACACACGGUCAAGAAGGACCAUCAACGUAAUCAUCAUCAAGUCAAUGGCUGUGCUAAAGUCCACACAAAUGGAGUGAAUGGCUUCCAUAAUGGCAAAAUCACAAGUGCUGUAAAUGGACACACAAAUGGAUAUUCUAAUGGUCACUGAUAUGCGGGUAGAUGAAGAAAGAUGUUGAAUAGAAAUUCUUUAUUUCUGUUGUUGUGUAUAUUGUUAAGGCUUCUUAAUCAUCUUGAAAUAUUUAAAGAUACUUUGUUUUUCUUAGACUUCCUCUCAUUUAGUCUUAUUCAUAAGAAAUUUUUGUUAUUUUGUAAACCAGUGAUGGUUAAACUUUGUUUGUGCCUGCGGCACUGAUUCUCGACUUUGGAUUUUAAGAGGUCGUUCACUUAUUACGUAACGCUUUUAGAGUGGAGAGAGACUUUAUGAAAAUUCACGAAAGGGAAAAUAUUUUUGCUUAGAAAACUUGUGACAAUUGGGGGGGUCUAUGAAUCCAGCGUUACGUAAUAAGUGAACGGUCACUUGUUUAAUUUUGCUUGACUUCAGAACAUGCAUAUAAAUGAUUAGGAUAAAAUAGAAAUGUGGUCUUGAAUCUGAAUGCAUGCUUAGUGUCGUUACUUUA